UCUUCGCAGCUGAGCAAAUAUUUCCAAAAACUGCGCUCUUCGGGCGUUCUCCGUGGCGCAACGCACCGCUUUCAGCGUGAUUCUGCUAUCCUCUUCUCUUCUCCAUGCGUCGUUUACCUAGUUUGGGCGCUGGGGACUGGGGACGUGCAUUCAACUUUUGGUCAUCUACGGCUUUGUGUAGUUAUGCCACUAUUUUUUCGGACGUGUCACACCUGAAUAGAAUUUUUCACUGAGUUGACAAGAGAACUUGUAAAUUUUAUCUAGAUAAGCAUGAGGCUUACACAGGUUUUGAACAAGCAUCUCUUAGGUCGGUGGUUCAAUGACAAGUGGAAAGGCAAAAAAGAUGUUACUAUCUCGAACGCGAAAUUACGCUCAAUCCUCGAAGCAAGCGGAAAGCAAGUAUAUGAUGCUGUAGAGCUGUUUGGUGUUGAAUGGAAAGCACGCCAGAUGAGCCCCGCACGAGCCCCGCAGAGCAGCGUGAAGACCCCGAAGUGGGAGUCGCAGCCCAGCCGCCGGUCCCGGCAGCACCUGGCGGACCCGCGCCCGGAGCAGCCGCAGCACGAGACGCCCGCCUACGUCUACACGGGCAGAAACCUCAUCAUGGGACUGCAGCAGGCUCAGGCCAUCACCAACACGAUCCGGGUCGGCGAAGGCUUACCAGAGCGCAUCGUGGCGCUGGAGGGGCUGGAGCGGCUGAAAAACCAGGACGAAAUGGUUGCAGAGGUCAUUAAGACGUCCCUCAUGUUCGACGCCACCCAGGAGAAGCUGGCCAAGAUGAUUGAUGUCACGCGCCUAGGCCUGCCACAGCCCGUGCAGUACGGCAUACCCGGGAGCAGAUCAAGGCUGUCGCUGCUCGCUGGCCUGCUGGGCCUCUGCGAGAGACUCGCCUCUCGUCUGGGUGGAUACCAAUCACGCAUGGUCCUCUACAAGCCAUUGCUGAGGGCCACCAACGUCACGGCGGACGGUCACCGGCUGGUGCUGGCCCGGCGGCAGGAGCUGGCGCUGCUGGCCGACCGGCCGCUGGCGCCGGUGGCGCCACCGCACGCCGUUGACGCCAGCCGGGCGGCGGCCGCGCCGGAGCUGGCGCCCGUCAGUCCGUUCGUCCACCUACACCAGCUCUGGCAGUACGACUGGGGCGACGUGGCGCCGGUGGCAGCCGACUGUCGCCACAGUCACGUGCACACGCUCUUCAUCGGCUGGAACGGACGACUGGAGAAGUACGUCAACGAUGACCAACUGGGGGCGCUGUCGCUCAUGUGCCUGUACGCGGCCGCGCUCAACAUGGCCCGGCAGCAGGCGGAGCCAAGCCGGCCAGUGGUGCUGCAGUGUGUGACCACCGACGGCCGACUGGUCAAGCCGGCCGUGCUGCAGCUCAACACGCUGGCGCUGCCCGAUCCGACCAGCGGAGAGGUCAGCACGCGCCACCAGCCGAAGAACAUGCUCUGGACCGAGCCGGCCGCCGCCCUCUACGACGUGUGCCGCUACGAGGCCGGCCGGCCCCGACUGGACGGCUACAACGCGGACGUGUUCCCCCGCUUGCUGGCACUGUACAUGAACGGUCUGAUCGCGCGCACCGUCCCCCAGCUCUAGUGAAUACAUGCGUUUAGUGAACAGAG